CCUGUGUUUUGGUGCUGCAGGUACUCUCAGGCGGACCAAUGGGAGGCCUUGCUGGGUCUGCAUGUUCAGAGUCAGACCAACGAGUGGACGGUGAGGAGGAAACUGAGGCGGAUCGUUGCUCACAGGGACUACAACACCUUCACCUACGACAACGACGUGGCUCUGAUGGAGCUGGACACGAACGUCACGCUCAACCAGAAUAUCUGGCCCAUCUGCCUGCCCUCGUCCACUCACGACUUCCCAGCAGGCCAAGAGGCGUGGAUCACCGGCUGGGGCGCCACCAGAGAGGGAGGCAGUGUUGCCCCCAUCCUCCAGAAGGCGGAGGUUCGGAUCGUCAACAGCACGGUGUGUAAGACUCUGAUGGACGACGAGGUCACCGACAGGAUGAUCUGUGCCGGGGUCCUCAAAGGAGGCGUGGACGCAUGUCAGGGAGACUCCGGGGGUCCGCUGUCCGUCACCGGCUCCAGUGGGCGGGUCUUCCUGGCCGGCGUGGUGAGUUGGGGCGACGGCUGCGCUCGCAGGAACAAACCCGGCGUCUACGCCCGGGUCACCAAGUUCAGGCGCUGGAUAAAGGAGAACUCAGGAGUGUAGAGGACGGGUAACUCUCAAGGACAUGAAUGUGACUCAAUUCUUUGUUUUGGAAUACGCAGUGAAAACCUGUGAAACAGACUUUCUUUUUAGAGGUUUUUCUAAGUUUACAAAUGUUCUUUAAAUCAAGAAAGCAGUUGACCGCACUGCUUCUGCUCAGAAACAGAAAAACACUUUUCUGCAAAAUGUCGUGUCGUUCAUGUUGGGGAGCAGGGAGAUAUUCUCAUGUAUAUAUUUUUGCUAUAAAAUACUUAAUAAAAUAAAAUUAGUUUGGAGAUGAAACACUUGAAAUGUUUCCCCAAGCUCAGCGGUGAAAUGUAAUUUAGUACAUUAACUCCAGUACUGUACUUAAGUACACAUUUGAGUAUUUCAACUUACUUCUACUUCACGAGAUCUCAGGGGUAAAUAAGGUACUUUUUAAUCCACUACAUUUGUCCGACAGCUUUAAUAUGUUUUACGAUCACGGUUUUUCUUUCCUGCUCCCAUUUCUAAGUAAAGAUUUUGAAUGUCUGUUAUGAAUUGAAGGAUGAAUUGUAGCUUUUAUGUGUCGAGGAAACGGGGCUGUUUUUCUGAGAUACUCAUGAAAGUGUCCUCACCAAAGACAUGUGGUUGUCACAGGACAAAGCCACGAUGAUCUGAUAGAACAAAUGUGUGUUUUAAAUAGAAUAUAUAAAAGUGUCUCAGGUUUAACAGAAAUGUUAUUAUUAGUAAAUUAGGAAGAUUUAUCAGUCAUCCAAUCUGUAUUUGGAGGUUUGUAGAUGUGCAUCUUGUGUUUCUUUACUUAUAUUCUCCCAAAAUAAGAUUUGAUUUGUUGCUGUCUUAUUGGACAGCCUAUUUUAUUGAAAUAGAUAGAAGUAGAUUAUAUUUUACCGUGUUCGUAGACAUUGUGAUGAUUACACCAAUAGCUUUAGAUGAUUUAUCAAUAAUUAGCAUAUUAUCUGAAUAAAUAAUAUAUAUAUAGCAUUUUUCUGUUUGUCACCAGUAAAAACACAAAUUCAGUUGGCUACGAUCCAGCAAACUGUAAACAAGAAGCACUUUGUUGUGUCUGUUAGGUUGUGUGAAAUGUUUAGUUUUUUCAUUGAUUGCAUUUCUUUGUUCUUCUCUACGUUUGAGAACCUAAAAUGUUCAGUUUUUGUUACAUUUCUUGUUUUUUAAAGCUGUGUUUUGCCCUCUCUGCUGUGACACAUUUUCUGCUGAAUGUAUUUAUUAUGUGUACAGAAUUUCCUCAUUCAUCUGUCUCUGAGGUCGGGUAGCAGGAUUAUUGAAAACUUUACAUAUACGGUAAUACAAUUCAAAGGAUGACGCACAGUUGCAGAAUGAAAUACUUAAUCAAAAUGUUUUUUUAUUCAUCUAUUCAUUUUUCUACGUUACGUUGGAGACUCUUAAGUGAUUUAUUUUCUGGUUUCGUGGCAUGAUGAGUUGAAGUGAAUAUAAUCACUAAUUAUACAAUCAGUACACAUAUAGAAAUAUUCUUAUUAUUUUUGAUGGGUUUUAAAGGUCACCUAUUAUGCAAAAUCCACUUUUUCAUGUCUUUUAUACAUCAACAUGUGUCCCCUCUGUGGAAAGAGACUCUGAAAGUUUCAGGAAAAAAGAUUCUCUCUCUUUUUGUCCUGAUCCAUUUAUAUAAAAAAAAAAACUUUCCGAAAAUGAGCUGAUCAGAUUAUGAUGUCAUAACGAUGUUUGGCUUGUGUAACCAUUAGCCAAUCACCAAGGUAACAUUUGAAUAUUUGUUUUUUAAAAAUGUAAAUAAAAUGUCCAAAGAAAGUAUUCAGAGUCAAUGUUAUGUUAUUACAGUUUUUUAAUUAUUAUUUGAUAUAUAUAUAUUCCUCAAAUGACCUGCUUUGACUGUAGUUAGAGAAACUUCUAGAUACAGUCUGAAAGCAUCCUUUUUUAACUUUAAACAUGAUCUUUAAUAAAUGGUAAAUGGAC